CAGGUGUUCCUGUCAUCUAAUUAUGCCGUGGACAUUUAAACGGUAGUCUGUCUCGUUCUCGUUGCUGGUAUGUCGUUUCGUUGAUCUGUGAGUUUGUGCGCAAACGCUGUUCAUCUAUCGCUCCUUGUGAGACGGCCUGUUUAGUUGUAGGACUACGUUUCUUUUGUUAGGUUAGCUAGCUUGUUUUUCUUCCUACCUCAGCGUAACGUCCUUAGUUUUAGCCCAGCCAGUCCUGCAAGACUGUGACACGCACUUUUGCUUUCUGCCAGUUUUUUCCUGCUGCAGUGAUUCUAAGUUUUUGUUUAUUGCUUCAAUAAAGCAUGCACUACACACCGUCGUGUCGUCCACGCCUCUGCUCUUGGUUCCAGUGCCAGUCGAGUUUCGCACGUUAUAACAUCAAAACGUUUGCAUAUAAUCGUACCAUGCAAAACUAAUCCCAGACUGCAGCGUCUCACAAACCUAAAGUCCACACAGUGGCGCCAGUUACACAGUAACUGUAAGUUAUCUAAAUGUGUCAACCUUAACAAAAACGAGAACCUUGCGGAACCAGGUUCAAUCAAACCACGCGGUGACCUGAUGUGAUUAAACCUUAUGAGUUGUUUCUUGGUUUUAUGGUACACUCUUCACACUUUAGAGCGGUUACAUUAUAAAAUAAAAACGUUAAAAAAACUCACUUGUUGAUCGGAGUUUGCUCAGUCGUGGUUGGAUAUAGCGGGAAAGUGGAUGCGGGCAGAGUCCAGGAAACCUACCCUGAUUGGAGCAUGUCCGCACAUAUCCAAGACUCUUAGACGCGCGUGCACCUGAGUCUGCUGCAUAUUUAGCCAUAUUUAAAAAAAUGUUAUAUUUCAUAUUUGUUUUCAUAUAUUUAUGUAUGUUAUGUGGUAAAAAAAAAAGAAAAUGAAAUUAUACCAUUUUAUUCGCCUCUAGUAAAUUCCAGAGUGAGUAAUUAUUUGUAAUAAAAUAAUCCAUAAAUGCAAAGUCUUGCUGUGCUGCGCAGCAACAGAGCAUUAAGGCUUUACGUGGCGGUGAAUUUUCUCUAGAAUUGGGAAAACGCAACAUUUAUCAUGUGAACGUGCGUUAAGGUAGGUUUCUGCCCGUGCGCCUCAGGCGGGAGGGUGUCCAAGUCCAACGGAAUGACUCACAACUCGUGAUCCCCCAUUCUUCAGCAGCAGACUUAAAAAGAUGCCAUCUACCCCAAUAAUCCCUCUUUGGAGCUUGUGGUGCUAGUAGCAGUAGUAGCGUAGCAGCUUGACCUCGCAUUUAGGUUCCUCUGUGCAAGCUUCCUUGGGUAAAAAACACAAAUGACUCAUUGGAGUAAUUACUAAUUUUUGCAUUUACGUAUUGAAUCGAAUGACAAUGAAUGAGAUUGCAGCCCCACAGAGAAAGAGGAGGAAAGACUUUAUACCUUAUUUUUUGGGAUUUGUCAUAUUUUUGUUUUGCACGGUUCAUCUUACAUCGUUCAUUGCAGCAGCUGCACAGGAAGCCCGCUCUCCCAGGGUGCGCCGGGCCAUAGAGAAUGAGACCGAGUGCAUCUCCCCACAGUCCUCUGAGUUUCCUGAGGGCUUCUUCACGGUGCAGGAGAGAAAGGACGGAGGGCUCGUCAUUUAUUUUAUGAUCAUUUUCUACAUGCUUCUGGCUGUGUCAAUAGUGUGUGAUGAUUACUUUCUUCCUUCCCUAGAAGUGAUCAGUGAACGUCUGGGAUUGUCUCAGGAUGUAGCAGGAGCUACAUUUAUGGCAGCUGGAAGCUCUGCACCUGAAUUAGUCACAGCGUUUCUGGGUGUCUUUGUAACGAAAGGAGACAUCGGGGUCAGCACCAUCGUAGGAUCAGCAGUCUAUAACCUUCUAGGAAUCUGUGCUGCGUGUGGACUCUUUGCCUCUGUGGCCGGGCGUCUUACCUGCUGGCCACUAUUCAGGGACUGCCUCGCAUAUGGAAUUAGUGUGUCUGCUGUUAUUGGCAUAAUCUCUGAUAACAAGGUGUACUGGUAUGAUGCUGCUUUGCUGCUCCUGGUCUAUGUCAUCUACAUUGUGGUGCUGUGCUUUGACCUACGUAUUAGUGAGUUUGUUCUGAGAAAGGUGAGCCCUUGCUGCACUUGUCUGGGCAAAAGACCGGAUGAGAAGACAGAGACACAGCCUCUGGUGGGCUGGAAUGUCGAUGCCAGUCUGCGAGUCCACAGUCGCUCCAGGACUGACAGUGGGAUCUUUCAGGAUGACUCUGGAUACUCGCACCUUUCUCUCAGCCUCCAUGGGCUCAAUGAGAUUCCUGAAGAGCAUAAAAGCGUGUUUGCUGUGCCAGAGAGUGACCUGAAACGGAUUCUCUGGGUACUUUCCCUGCCCAUCAUUACUCUGCUUUUCCUGACCAUCCCGGACUGCAGGAGACGCUUCUGGAAGGAGUGGUUCAUGAUCACUUUCAUCAUGUCGGCGGUCUGGAUCUCAGCUUUUACAUAUGUGCUGGUCUGGAUGGUCACUGUUGUUGGUGAGACCCUUCUCAUCCCUGAUACAGUUAUGGGACUCACUUUACUUGCUGCUGGAACCAGUAUACCUGACACCUUAGCCAGCGUGAUGGUGGCCAGAGCAGGAAAAGCUGACAUGGCCAUGUCUAACAUUGUGGGGUCGAAUGUAUUUGACAUGCUUUGUCUGGGCCUGCCAUGGUUCAUUAAGACUGCCUUUAUGGAUACGAACAACCCAAUAGAAGUCAACAGCACUGGAAUGGUCUUCAUUUCUGCCACACUCUUGCUUUCUGUCAUUUUCCUUUUUGUUUCUGUUCAUGUUAACGGGUGGAAGUUGGACUGGAAAUUGGGAAUCAUUUCUCUCAUCUGCUAUAUCCUCUUUGCAACCCUGUCCAUCCUGUAUGAGCUGGGAAUUAUUGGGAACAAUCCCAUAAAACUGUGUAGUGACUGAGGGCUGACUUUCCCAGAGACUAACAAAACCAAAUAAUGAAUGCUAAACUUAAAUCAUAUGUCAACACAAGGAAAUGUCUUCACUUGAAAAACCUUUAAGAAGUUGUGCCACAAAGACAUGUGCUGGUCACAUUUUAUGAAGGGGAUGAUGUCUUUUAGGAACAUAUCCCCAAAGGCGGGAAAAGCAUCAUUGUCUUAUGUGCCUGCUAGGAUUUAAAACACAUUGUGAACAAACAAUGAAGCCCUAUAGUGUUUGAAUAAGUUUCAUGUCCUUACAAUUGCCAAUCAAGUUCCAAUAAAUGCAAACGUAUCUAUGUAGAGUCACCAAAUAAAAAGUGUUAAACUCA